GCGACGUCAUUUCCUGGCUUGUAUCACUUUAUAGAGUUCCCGUUUGUGUUUGCGGGUAUCGCUACAGGACGAUUCGGGGGGCGGCAUGGACGACAUCAGGGCAGCGGCUGUCUCGGUAGUAGUGGACGCUUUCAUAGAAAACGAGAACAAGAUUGUGGCUCUUCUAAACAAGCUCCAGGAUGAGGAGGCACAAGAACAUAGAAGACGCAAACGGGUUGUGGCUGUGGCUAUGGCUAUGCUGCGGUCCAAGAAACGGAACAACGUCCAUUCUGGCACAGAGUGGAAGUUGAUGCUGGCUAUGGAUGACCCCACAUUUGUUCAGAACUUCAGAAUCACAAAAACCCAGUUUAAGGUCCUGCAAGGGUACCUAGAGGAGGGUGGUCUGCGCAGUGACCACUUCCAAGGUCUGCCUCCCCUACCUGUUCCCAAGAAGGUGCUCAUAUUCCUUUGGUACAUGGCCCACCAGUACUGCUUCCGGGAGAUAUCUAACAAGUUCAACGUCUCGCGUUCAUCAGCGCACCGCACCGUAUUCCGAGUGCUGACCAUCAUGUCCGCCCUUGGCCCGGCUUUUGUCUCUUGGCCUACAGGCAGAAAUGAGAAGAGUGUGUCUGCCGCCAGCUUCGAACGCGCAUGUGGCCUUGAGGAUGUCAUAGGAGUGAUCGAUAGCUGCCACAUCAGGAUCCAGAAGCCACGGGUCAGAGGAGAGGACUACAAGAACAAGAGGAACUACUGCUCGAUUCUCCUCCAGGGGAUUGUUGACGUUGAGGGCCGCUUCAUCAACGUUUUUGCUGGAAUCCCUGGCAAAGUGCAUGACGCAAGGAUGCUGCGCUCAUCCACAUUUUUCGAGGAAUGGCAGGAGAAGAUGGGGGAGUACCGUCUGCUGGGCGACGCUGCUUACAUCGGUCAGGCUUUCCCCUUCAUCGUCUCCCCCCUGCGAGGCAUCGGGGCCCUCACAGACGCAGACCUUCGUCACAACACCGACGUCAGCCGGGGUAAGUUCGUCGUUGAGCAGGCAUUCGGAAGGAUGAAGUGCAAGUGGAGGCGCAUCAGAGACUUGCAGAACACGCGCCCCGGCACUGGGGUGAAGAUCAUCUUGGCUGCGUGUUACCUUCACAACUUUGCCCAAGGUGCCUCGGUAGCAUGUGAUGAACACCCACAUGGAUGUCCAAUAGAGGAAGAUGCCAAUGAGUAGGAAGUUGUGUUCGGGCAAUUUUUGAGGAAAACCAAAGACUCUACCAAGUUAAAUAAUAGAUGCUUCUAUACACUCCCAUUUUCUGACUUGUAUUAUGUAUAUUGCUGACACUAUUCCUGUGUUUUGUAAUAAAAGUGUAAAACCUUAAAA